CGCUUCGUGCAUCGCUUUCCAGAGAAAAUUCCGUAUUUGGCGUGAGAAGUCGCGUGACCUUAUCGAGGCCCAGAUCUGUUCUACCGUCGGGCUGGCCUGGGCGUCACGUGUGUGCUCCCUGGCUACUUCCUCUAGGUUCCGUUGUGUCGCUGGCCGUGUUACCAUCUCUCUCUGGGCUCGGAUGGUUGCAUAUGCUGUUUUUUGCGUCAGGGAGGCCAGCUUUACUCCCUCCGCCAGGAGGUCCGGCCGAGUCGUUGCUAGGAGGCGAGGUAGGGGCGGGGUAGCUGUCCAGUGGGCCUGCUUGGCAGCGUCGGCCACUUGGGAGAGGAGGGAUUCCUCCGGCGAGUAUCUUUCAGGUGGGCCGAAGGUGGUUCGGCCUGUUCUGCCCCUGAUCUCGGCUGUUAGGGGGCGGAGGACUUUCACAUUUGCGCUGUGUCGUCCUCGAUUACUAUUCUCACAUCUGCUUUCCUCGUGGUUCGUUUUAGCCCUUGGGAAGCUCACGUUCCGUGGGUCUCCAGUCCCAAACCAGACUGCAAUUCCUAGUCUCGGCGGUGAUGUGCUCUUGUGCGUCGCGAUCAGGAUGGUCUCUUGGGUACUCGUUGGUUGGUGUUGGAUUAGGGCUAGGGAGCUUGGGUGCGGAGUCUCCUUCACGCAUAUCCUGAAGCUAUCUGUUUUGCUAGUCGUGGGUGCGAGGGACAGCUGCCUAGAUCCGUGGCCUUCCUCGCGAUCUGCCGUAUUUCCAGCUUCGAAGGUACAGCUCUGGCACAUGCGUCUGGGUUUCGGCAGCAGCGGUUGUUUCGGUCGAUCAGGCACUGGGGGCAUCUACAGUGGGGGUUCCCCUUGUGGGAUUCGUCCUCGAGGCACUUACAGCGGGCUGUGUUAUUUCGUUGGGACUGUGUUGGGUCUUCGCCUAUGUGGUGGAAGAGAGGCAUUUCUCAACUCGGAGCAUCUCCCGUAACUCCGCCGUUAGGUGUUUUUGAUUUGGGGUCCAUGUUUGUAGGAAUAGGUUGUCAAAGGAUUCGUCGUCCAUCCUGGAGGUCUUUGUCGCUGCUUGCUCAAGCCUGCUGUCUGCAAAGUAUCCCCAGUCUGCUCGGGUCAUGGGGUUGAGGUCCAGGAAGGACUGGAGUUUGAGGACGGUGAGGGCGUCGUUUCUUGCUUCGAGGUCCAGUAAGUUCUUGCCUCCUUGCCUGGUUGGUUGGGACAGGACUGUCCUCUGGACUGGGGAUGACUUAGCUCCGCCCCAAAUGAAUUCUCGCUGGGCUCGGAGGAGGUAUUUUGUCACCGCUGCGGGCAUCCCAUUUACCAUGGCUAGGUACUGGGUCAUUGAGCCAGUUAUAAUCUGGUCUAUGUGCCUCCUCGCU